CACACGUGAUCUUCAAGCAAUGGCGACACCUGCUGCUGAACAAGACGACGACAUCACGGAUGACGAAGCUUCUUUUCCUUUGACGUUUGCACCGGAAGUAGAAGAAGCUAUAGCUUCGGUUUUACCCAGCCAGGAUCCUCUCGAUAGUCCGGAUUUCAACCCUGUAGAUUACAUUAACCAACUGUUUCCAACAGAACAGUCUUUAGCGAACAUUGAUGAGAAGAUAUCAAGGAUGCGUGUAGCUAUCAGACGUUUAGAUAAUGAGAUAAGAGACGCUGUUCGAGGUCAGACUAAUGUAGGCCAUGAUGGUCGUCAGUCACUGGAAGAAGCCCAAAGAGCAAUUCAAGAAUUGUUUGUUCGGAUUAGAGACAUCAAAGCUAAAGCUAACAAAUCAGAACAGAUGGUAAAGGAAAUCACGCGUGACAUCAAGCAACUCGAUCAUGCUAAACGACAUCUUACCACAUCAAUCACGACAUUAAAUCAUCUGCACAUGCUUGUUGGAGGAGUAGAUACACUGAAAAACUUGAUCAGAAGACGUGAGUAUGGUGAAACUCAUCAGCUUCUACAAGGUGUUGUCAAUGUUGUGGAUCAUUUCAAGAAAUAUCUUGCUAUACCACAGAUACGACAACUUGCUGACGAAGUUCACGAGAUGCAACGCGAACUUGGUUCACAAAUAUUGUCUGAUUUUCGUGAUUUCUAUGAACGUCAGGGAAAAGCGCAUGUUCAAACUGAUCAGCUGGCAGACGCUUGUGCUGUUGUUCAAGUUCUUGAUGCACAAGUAAGACAGGAUCUUAUUCAAUGGUAUGUCGAGCUACAGUUAACUGAAUACAACGUUGUGUUUCAUGAAAGUGAAGAGGUUGCAUGGUUAGACAAAAUUGACAGACGAUAUACAUGGCUCAAACGCUUACUAAUCCAAUACAUAGACGAAGGGGCAAAAAUAUUUCCACCUUCAUGGGGAGUGGAUGAACGGAUCUGUGAAAGGUUUUGUGAAGUCACAAGAGUAGAGUUGUCUAAACUGAUGAAAAACAAAGCGGCACAGUUGGAAGUGAAGUUGCUUCUGUUUGCAAUACAAAAAACGACAUCGUUUGAAAAACUUCUGGCACAGCGAUUUGCCAACAGUGUACUGCAGACAGAGGACGAAGAGGAAGUAACAGAAGUGGAAGAGAACUCAGAAAAAGCUACUGAGCAGUCAGAGGAGCCGUCUUCACAGCAACCGGCCAAAAAGGACUCUCCAUUUUUAGGCAUGAUAUCUCGUUGUUUCGAACCUCAUCUUAAUGUCUACAUUGAAUCACAAGACAAAAACCUGGGAGAGUUGAUUGAUCGAUUUGUUCAAGACUACAAGAGCCAGGGUGCACCGACCGCAGUGGUAGAGGGAGGUGGUGUGGUCCUGCCGAGUUGCGCUGACUUGUUUAUAUUCUACAAGAAGUCGAUGGUUCAGUGCUCUCAGCUUAGCACCGGGUUGCCCCUACUUGAGUUAACAGCAGUCUUCAAGAAAUAUUUGAAAGAGUAUAGUGCAAGGCUACUUACAGCUAAUUUACCAAAAGCAACCAGUGGAGGUGGGCUUGGAGGUCUACUAAAGGAGUCUGAGGUAAAACUAAGUACCGAUGAAGUCGCAAGAUCAUGUUGCAUCCUCAGCACAGCAGAAUAUUGUCUAGAUACAACGCAGCAGCUGCAAGAAAAAUUGCAGGAAAAAGUCGAAGCACAGUACCGUGAACAGAUUGAUAUGAAUGCAGAAAUUGACAUGUUUCAUAGUAUAAUCUCCAGCAGCAUUCAAUUACUUGUUCAACAUCUUGAGACAGCGUGUGAACCAUCAUUCAAUGCAAUGGUGAAGGUUCACUGGCAGGGAGUUGAAACGGUUGGCGACCAAAGCCCAUAUGUGACACAAAUUGGGAGACAUGUGCUGGAAGCUGUUCCUGUCAUUCGUGAUAACUUGGCAUCAGCUCGCAAAUAUUUCACAAACUUUUGUCUGAAAUUUGUGAACUCAUUUAUACCCAAGUUUAUCAACCAGCUGUAUCGAUGUAAACCUGUAAGCCCUGUCGGUGCUGAGCAGUUGCUGCUUGAUACUCACUCAUUGAAGACAAUUUUGUUGGAGCUUCCAUCUGCAGGAGCAGUUGUAGUACGAAAAGCACCGCCAAGUUACAUUAAAAUUGUUGCAAAGGGACUUUCCAAGGCUGAAAUGAUUUUAAAGGUGGUUAUGGCUCCUCACGACCCAGCUGGUGCUUUUGUUGCCAAUUACUUGAGGCUGUUGGAGGACAUCGAUCAGAGUGAUUUCCAGCGUAUUCUGGAAUUGAAGGGAUUGAAACGAUCUGAGCAGAAUCAGUUGAUGGAUGAAUUUAGGAAACAGACUGCUAGCAAAGACCCAACGUCUGCAUCCAAGAACGUCAAACCUCAAGGUCCUGCAACGAGUAGGAUCAAGAAGUUGGAAAGACUGCUCAAGAAGCCGUUCUAGAUGUUUGCUACAAAGAUUCAGACCCCAAAUCUUUGUCUACAUGACUUCGUGUAAUAUCACAGAUUCUACUGACUUGUUUACUUGAACUUGUAAUAUACCCGUGUAGUUAUUUGUUAG